GAGAACGGGGAGCAGCGGCCGGGCCUGGGGCCUUGAGGCCCGGGGAGAGCCGGGGAGCGGGACCGGGCGCCGAGAUGCUGCUGCUGCUGCUGCUGCUGGUGCCUCUCUUCCUCCGCCCCCUGGGCGCAGGCGGGGCGCAGACCCCCAACGCCACCUCGGAAGGUUGCCAGAUCAUACACCCGCCCUGGGAAGGGGGCAUCAGGUACCGCGGCCUGACUCGCGACCAGGUGAAGGCCAUCAACUUCCUGCCGGUGGACUAUGAGAUUGAAUAUGUGUGCCGGGGGGAGCGUGAGGUGGUGGGGCCCAAGGUGCGCAAGUGCCUGGCCAACGGCUCCUGGACGGAUAUGGACACACCCAGCCGCUGUGUCCGAAUCUGCUCCAAGUCUUAUUUGGCCCUGGAAAAUGGGAAGGUUUUCCUGACGGGUGGGGACCUCCCAGCUCUGGAUGGAGCCCGGGUGGAUUUCCGAUGUGACCCCGACUUCCAUCUGGUGGGCAGCUCCCGGAGCAUCUGUAGUCAGGGCCAGUGGAGCACCCCCAAGCCCCACUGCCAGGUGAAUCGAACGCCACACUCAGAACGGCGUGCAGUGUACAUCGGGGCUCUGUUUCCCAUGAGCGGGGGCUGGCCGGGGGGCCAGGCCUGCCAGCCCGCGGUGGAGAUGGCGCUGGAGGACGUUAACAGCCGCAGGGAUAUCUUGCCGGACUACGAGCUCAAGCUUAUCCACCACGACAGCAAGUGCGACCCAGGGCAAGCCACCAAGUACUUGUAUGAACUACUCUACAAUGACCCCAUCAAGAUCAUCCUCAUGCCUGGCUGCAGCUCUGUCUCCACACUUGUAGCUGAGGCUGCCCGCAUGUGGAACCUUAUUGUGCUCUCAUAUGGCUCCAGCUCACCAGCCCUGUCAAACCGACAGCGUUUUCCAACGUUCUUCCGAACACACCCAUCCGCCACACUGCACAAUCCCACCCGGGUGAAACUCUUUGAAAAGUGGGGCUGGAAGAAGAUUGCCACCAUCCAACAGACCACAGAGGUCUUCACCUCAACGCUGGAUGACCUAGAGGAGCGAGUGAAAGAGGCUGGGAUUGAGAUCACCUUCCGCCAGAGCUUCUUCUCAGAUCCAGCUGUGCCUGUUAAAAACCUGAAGCGUCAAGAUGCUCGAAUCAUCGUGGGACUUUUCUAUGAGACUGAAGCCCGGAAAGUUUUUUGUGAGGUUUAUAAGGAACGGCUCUUUGGGAAGAAGUAUGUCUGGUUCCUCAUCGGGUGGUAUGCUGACAACUGGUUCAAGACCCAUGACCCGUCAAUCAAUUGCACAGUGGAUGAGAUGACCGAGGCGGUGGAGGGCCAUAUCACCACCGAGAUUGUCAUGCUGAACCCUGCCAACACCCGGAGCAUUUCCAACAUGACAUCUCAGGAAUUUGUGGAGAAAUUAACCAAGAGGCUGAAGAGACACCCUGAGGAGACCGGAGGCUUCCAGGAGGCACCAUUGGCCUAUGAUGCCAUCUGGGCCUUGGCUUUAGCCCUGAACAAGACCUCUGGAGGAGGUGGCCGUUCGGGUGUGCGCCUGGAGGACUUUAACUACAACAACCAGACCAUUACAGACCAAAUCUACCGGGCCAUGAACUCCUCGUCCUUUGAGGGUGUUUCUGGCCAUGUGGUCUUUGAUGCCAGUGGCUCCCGGAUGGCAUGGACACUUAUCGAGCAGCUACAGGGUGGCAGCUACAAGAAGAUUGGCUACUACGACAGCACCAAGGAUGCCCUUUCCUGGUCCAAAACAGAUAAGUGGAUUGGAGGGUCUCCCCCAGCUGACCAGACCCUGGUCAUCAAGACAUUCCGUUUCCUGUCACAGAAACUCUUUAUCUCCGUCUCAGUUCUCUCCAGCCUGGGCAUUGUUCUUGCUGUUGUCUGUCUGUCCUUUAACAUCUACAACUCCCAUGUUCGUUAUAUCCAGAACUCCCAGCCCAACCUGAACAAUCUGACUGCUGUGGGCUGCUCACUGGCACUAGCUGCUGUCUUCCCCCUUGGGCUGGAUGGUUACCACAUAGGGAAUGGCCAGUUCCCGUUUGUCUGCCAGGCCCGCCUUUGGCUCCUGGGCUUGGGCUUUAGUCUGGGCUAUGGCUCUAUGUUCACCAAGAUCUGGUGGGUCCACACAGUCUUCACAAAGAAAGAGGAGAAGAAGGAAUGGAGGAAGACCCUAGAGCCCUGGAAACUGUAUGCCACAGUAGGCCUGCUGGUGGGCAUGGAUGUUCUGACUCUUGCCAUCUGGCAGAUUGUGGAUCCCUUGCAUCGAACCAUCGAGACUUUUGCCAAGGAGGAACCAAAGGAGGACAUUGAUGUCUCCAUCCUGCCUCAGCUGGAGCACUGCAGCUCCAAGAAGAUGAAUACGUGGCUUGGCAUUUUCUAUGGUUACAAGGGGCUGCUGCUGCUACUGGGAAUCUUUCUUGCAUAUGAGACCAAAAGUGUUUCCACUGAAAAGAUCAACGACCACAGGGCUGUGGGCAUGGCUAUCUACAAUGUUGCGGUCCUGUGUCUUAUCACUGCUCCUGUCACCAUGAUUCUUUCCAGCCAGCAGGAUGCAGCCUUUGCCUUUGCCUCUCUGGCCAUAGUGUUCUCUUCCUACAUUACACUGGUUGUGCUCUUUGUGCCCAAGAUGCGUAGGUUGAUUACCCGAGGGGAGUGGCAAUCUGAAGCACAGGACACCAUGAAGACAGGGUCAUCCACCAACAACAACGAGGAAGAGAAGUCACGGCUGCUGGAGAAAGAGAACCGUGAACUGGAAAAGAUCAUUGCUGAGAAAGAGGAGCGUGUCUCUGAACUGCGCCAUCAGCUCCAGUCUCGGCAGCAGCUUCGCUCACGGCGCCACCCCCCAACACCCCCGGACCCCUCUGGGGGCCUUCCCAGGGGACCCUCGGAGCCCCCUGACCGACUUAGCUGUGAUGGGAGUCGAGUGCAUUUGCUUUACAAGUGAGGGGGUACCAAGAAGGAUACGGCCAGUAGGGGAGGGAAGGGUGUGGGAAGAGGGUGGGGGACUGGGAGGAGGGCCAGGACUCCUGUCUCCAGCUGGAAGAACAUGCUCCAAUCCUCCUCUUAUAAAUAUACGUCACUCUGUGAAUCUGAGGUUAUUUGGGUCUCCAAUACUCUUGGGAAACAGACCGUCUUCUCUCUUAUUCACUCAUACAGUUUUGUAUCACUGCUUCACAGUUUAGUUUGAACCCUGCUUGAAGCUGUUCACUCAUAACCCCAGAGGGGCAGCUCACCAUAUUUUUUCUCCCACAGCCUGUCUUGUAUAGUUACCACGGAAACUCCUGCGAUUUUAGCAGCAGGGGUCUCCCCACAAGUGUUCUUCCCACACCAGCAGGACCCUCUCCGUUUCUCAGCAUCAGAAUGUCCUUUCAUUGCCGUCCUUGCCCUAUACAUCCCGUGUUUUCCUCUCCCUAAAUGUUGCUUCUUCAGGGGAUUCACCCCUACCCAGGCCCACAUGCUCUUGGCCUCUUUGCUCUGUGUGCCCCUGAUUCCAGCCUCGCACCCCGCCCUCUGAGUGCAUAUUUUCUGAGUGCUUUCUCGUGCUGCCUGAUCACUUGCGUUCUCUGAGUGCCCUGCACCUGUGAGUGCGCAGUGGUUAUGGAUAUGUGCUGUGGUGUGCUUGGAUAGGUGUGUAUGGUAUGUUGAGCACACUAAGCUGUCUUCCUCAUGUACACAUGUCACGUCUUUCUGUGUUUUACUUGUGUGACACUGCAUUCUGUAUUUACUUACUUGCGUCUUAACGUCAUUGUGUGUUUUGUGUGUAUAUGUUUCCCUGGCUGGCUUCACGGCAGUCUUCUGUCUCACUCAACCUUUUUGAGUGUUUGGAUUACAGUUGUUUACCUGCCUUGAUGCCGUGUCUUUUUCCAACAGAGUCGUGUGCACCCAACAUGCACAUAGUUAAGCACAUUCUCCCCAGUUGGUGUGUUCUGGGCUGCCCAUACCCUCUCCUUGGUGUUAUGUUUCCCCUCAGAUGUCCCCUGAAUUCCUUGCUCUCAUGUGUACCACACAGUCAUCUCUCAAGACUGCAUCUUAGUUUUCUUUUCUUUAUUAUCAUUAUUAUUAUUUUUCAGAACUAAGGGAAAAGAAACGGGUACAGAUUGGAGGCUGUUUCCAGUGGAUAGUAGGUCCACAUCCUAACCAAACGAAGGCGUGGACAGAUGGACUGAUGGGGCGGGAGGCAAUGUCCCUUUCACACUGUGGUGUCUCCUGGGGAAGGAUCUCCCUGAAUCCCAAUAAACCAGUGAACAGUG